AUGAUAAAAUUUUUUAUGAUAAUAAUUUUUAUAAUUCCUUUGUGUUUUAUAAAAAAUAUAUUUUGAAUGGUUCAAAUAAUAUUAUUAUUAUUAAUAUUUAUGUUUAUGAAUUUAGGUGUAAAAUUAAAUUUAUUUUGUAAUUUAAGAUAUAUAAUAUCUUGUGAUAUUAUGUCUUAUGGUUUAAUUUUAUUAGGAAUUUGAAUUUCUAUUUUAAUGAUUAUAGCUAGAGAAAAUUUAUAUAAAAUAAAUUAUUAUAUUAAUUUUUUUUUAUUUAAUGUUAUUUUUUUAUUAAUUAUAUUAUAUUUAACUUUUAGAACUAUAAAUAUAUUUAUAUUUUAUUUUUUUUUUGAGGGUAGAUUAAUUCCUACUUUAUUAUUAAUUAUUGGUUGAGGAUAUCAACCUGAGCGUAUUCAAGCAGGUAUAUAUUUAUUAUUUUAUACUUUAUUUGUUUCUUUACCACUAUUAAUUGGUAUUUUUUAUAUAAAUAAUGAAAUAAAUUGUAUAAUUAUUUAUUUUUUAAAAUUUUUUAAUAUAAAUAUUUAUAUAUUAUAUAUUUCUAUGAUUUUAGCUUUUUUAGUUAAAAUACCUAUAUAUUUUGUUCAUUUAUGAUUACCUAAAGCUCAUGUUGAAGCUCCUGUUUCUGGUUCAAUAAUUUUAGCUGGAAUUAUGUUAAAGUUAGGGGGGUAUGGUUUAUUACGUUUAAUAAUUUUUUUACAGGAAAUUAAUUUAAAGUUAAAUUAUAUUUGAAUUGUUAUUAGAUUAAUUGGUGGGUUUUAUAUUAGAUUACAAUGUUUUUGUCAAGUUGAUAUUAAAUCUUUAAUUGCUUAUUCUUCAGUAGCUCAUAUAAGAAUUGUAAUUAGAGGUAUUAUAAUUAUAAAUUAUUGAGGAUUUAUUGGUUCUUAUAUUUUAAUAAUUGGUCAUGGAUUAUGUUCAUCUGGUAUAUUUUGUUUAGCUAAUAUUAGUUAUGAGCGUUUACAUAGACGAAGUUUAUAUAUUAAUAAAGGUAUAAUAAAUUUUAUACCUUCAAUAAGAUUAUGGUGAUUUUUAUUAAUAUCAUCUAAUAUAGCUGCUCCUCCUAGAUUAAAUUUAAUAGGAGAAAUUAGAUUAAUUAAUAGCUUAAUAAGAUGAUCUUGAAUUUCUAUAUUUAUAUUAAUAUUAAUUUCUUUUUUUAGAGCGGGGUAUAGAUUAUAUUUAUAUUCAUUUGUUCAACAUGGGAAUUAUUAUUCUGGUAUUUAUAGAUAUUAUACUGGAGUAUCUCGUGAAUAUUUAAUAUUAAUAUUACAUUGAUUACCCUUAAAUAUUUUAGUUUUAAAAAUUGAUUAUGCAAUAAUUUGAUUUUA